GAGAGCUGCUCAUCCCAUGCGCUUGGCAACGGCUCAAAUAACGCAGUCGGCGCGGACCCCGAGCCCCGUGCAUUGUCCGCGUGGUCGCACGCGUGCUAAAGCUACUCUUUUGUUCUUUGCUUUUUUUUUUCCUUCUUUUUUUUCUGUCCUCUGCACACGGCACUCUCGUCUAGCGCGGGUUUAUACUGCAGCUGUGACUCCGGUGUUGCCCAAUUCGCUUGCGUGGGGCGCCGCGUUUGCUGCUUUGCCGAGGAACGUACAAGAAGGCCAAUAAGUGUGUUACUUUCCAUUUCGGGCACAACGCUCUUGGGAGGUAUUUUAGCGAUGCUGGGCCUGCACUUGUGCCAGCCAAAAGGAGAUUCCCUGGAAAAGUCCGCGUCAACACGACCCGACGCUUGCGUUGUGAAUUAUUACAGCCAUUUGUUUUCUUUGGUGCUUUUUCUUUUAUGUCGUCGCCCAACGCGGUGAAAUGAUCCCGUGGUCCGUAAACUAUUGUGGUCGACUGUACUCGCUGAAAGACUGCCAACGCCGGAUGAUGGCUCGCCUAGCACAAAGCGAUGACAUGCGUAAGGCUUCACUGCAUAGCGUUUUUGUGUGCCUGCAUUCGUGCAAUGGAGAAAAGAUCAUGGAAAGCUGUUUGGCGUCUACGUGGGGAGUGAGCCUUUCUUGGUCAUCACAGAUCCCGAAAUGGCACACGAGUGCUUUGUCAAGCAAGCGGCGAUAUUUCAGGACAGACCGACAUCUUUCGUGGAUGCGGAGCCUUUCAAAAGCAGCCUCUUUCAGCUUGGUGGCAGAAAAUGGACGAACGUGAGGGCAGCAUUGAACUACGCUUUCAGUUCAAGCAGGAUGAAGGAUCUCUCUUCGGUAGCAGACCUUUGCGCCACUAGAUUUGUGGAGAAGGUAUCUUCCAUAUGCCUGCGGAGUGGACACGUAGAAGUGUUCGAUCGUGCAUUGGACUUUUCUUAUGACUUCCUCAUGAACACGGUACUGGUGCAAAAGGUGAAAUCUCAGGAGGGCUGCAGCGAGCCAAUUCUGGAGUUCCUGAAGCAAGUCAGUAAGGACAUGGAAAACUCAGCCAUCGAAGUGGCGUUUACGGUACCCGCGGUACGCUCUGUCCUUACGCUGAUAUAUCCAUUCACAAAGCAUGCUAAAGCGUUCAAAAACAUUAUGAGCCACGUACAACACUUAAUCGAACUACGCCGUUCCGGAGAGCUACCGAAAGAACCCAGCGUGCUUCAGACGCUUCUGGCCACAGAAGCCCUCAAUGGAGCACAAAAGAAACCUAGCAGGCGCUACAAAUACCUGGACGACCACUACAUAUCGUCUAAUGCGGCAAUAUUUCUGUUGGCAGGCACCGAGGCUACGGCUUCCGCGCUUUCUUUUCUGAUGUAUCUCUUGGCAAGACAUCCCCGCGAACAGGACAAAAUAGUCAAGGAGAUGGAGGACAUUUUUGCUUCUGAAGAAGACAUCAAGUUUAACUUCAACGAGCUGCAUCGGCUAAAAAGAAUCGACAUGGUAAUCUACGAAGGACUUCGCCUCUACCCGCCCGUCCCACUGUACUUGAUAAGGCGUUGCUCUCAGGACACGACUGUUUGUGGGCAGUUCAUUCCAGCCGGUGUCAACGUGAUGGUUACACCGUGGCUCAUUCAUCACGACUCUGAAAUUUGGCCAGAGCCUGAGAAGUUCCUCCCAGACAGGUUUGCCGCAGAAAACAGCGAAAGUCGCCAGAAUGGGACCUACAUGCCUUUCGGACUAGGGCCCAGGGUGUGCAUAGGUCAGAAGUUAGGGUUCCUGGCGCUGAAGUCAGCGCUUAUUGAAGUUGUUCGAGAUUUUAGGCUAACCUUGUGCAAUGAGGCCACUGGGCCGCCAACAUUAUCGGUUCCUAGCGUAAUACUCGUACCGGGAGGAGGAGUGAGGGUCAGGCUGGAGCGCAGGACAGCGAUAGCGUCGAGUGAGCGGUGCAAGACUGGGAAGCACAUGUUCGUGGCAGCUUAGAUUUGUGAGAGAGUCAAUAAGUAUUUCAGGAAGUCAGUCGAUCAGCUUGACACCUUUAGUGUCAUUGUAUUGAGGCACUUUUCACCCUCCCAAAAGGAUAAAUUUUAUUCCAAUAGAAGGAUCUCAAUUACCAGUUCUUCUCGGAGGUUUUGUUAGGCACCACCAAGAAGUAAUAUACAUUUGCUUCCUCCAACCAUUGAAGGCGCAUGCCAAGCCAGAAUUCAACGGCAUCAGACUCUUUCUCGUAAUUCAGCAGUGCCAACAAUCUGCACCCGUAUGUAAGUAAAGAAUACUACUAAUAACAAAGAUGGAGAACAAGAACAAUAUGAAGCAGUCCUGAAAAGUCGUUUUCUGACUAGUGUUUCUAGCUUUCACAACCUAUGAAACCGUUUCAUUGCUCAUUUACCCAACAUCUUGUGACUUUAUUUUGUAGCGCAUCGUCUUUAUUUGUGGCAAUUUCGUUAAGGUAUAGGAGAAAUAAUGACGCCCUCUCGUGCUCCCCCUUACCCGAUGACAACGCCCGCUGCUCAGGAACUCAGCUGGCCGUUUCUUCCAUCGACCUUCACACCAUCGCAACAGAACAGCGCAAGGACCAAUGGAUUGUCUCGCUGAUAGACUUGCUCACUGAUCCGUCGGCAACAUCACCCACUCGCGCAAUGCGUCGUCAAGCCCACCAUUUCGCCGUUCGCGACGAGCUCCUUCACCGACGGAAUUACAGUGCCGACGGCCGCCAAUGGUUACUGGUAGUACCCCGCAGUCUUCGUUCUAAAAUAUGCGAAUCGUUGCACUCAGAUCCACAGUGUGCGCACUCUGGGGUAUACAAAACUUACCACCGAAUUCGACAACGGUACUUUUGGCGGGGAAUGUACCGGUACGUGCAGAAAUUUGUUCGCUCCUGCCUCGAUUGUCAGCGCCGGAAAUCUUCGCCGAACCUCUCGCCAGCAGGUCUACAACCUUUAUCUUGUCGUAACCGGCCCUUUGGGCGCGUUGGCAUCGAUUUAUACGGACCACUUCCUCUGACGUUGGCUGGUAACCGCUGGGCCAUCGUCGCUGUUGACCAUCUCUCGCGAUACGCCUAAACUGCCGCCCUUCCAGCGCCUACAGCACGAGAUGUUGCCUCCUUCCUGCUCCACCGAUUCAUACUGCGUCACGGUCCACCCCAGGAGUUACUCAGCGAUCGAGGCCGUGUCUUCUUGUCGGAAGUCGUCGAAGCCAUUCUCAAAUAGUGUCACGUCGUUCACAGCAAAAUUACUGCUUACCACCCACAGACAAACAGUCUCACAGAACAAUUUUACUGCACGCUCGGCGACACGCUCUCAGUGUGCAUCGCCGCCGACCACACAUAUUGGGAUGCCAUUCUGCCCUUCGUCACCUACGCCUACAAUUAAUACCGCCCCUCAGAGUACUACUGGCUUCUCACUGUUCUUAUUGUACGGCCGCCACCCGUCGCGCACAAUCGACACGAUCCUUCCAUACAGGCCAGACACGUCUGAGUAUACGCCUAUAUCUGCCACAGCCAGACAUGCUGAAAAGUGCUGCGACCUUGCCCGGACCUUUAUCACAAGUGAACAAGAGCGGCAGAAGGGCAUUCGCGGUGACACCACCACUUCUGCGCCCACGUUUUUCCCUGGGGCGCUCGUCUGGCUCUCAGUCCCUACUACCGCAACUGGACUCUUUUCGAAACUACUGCCCAAAUACGAAGGCCCCUACCGUGUUGUCGAACGCACGUCCCCAGUAAAUUACCUCAACGAACCUGUUGAACCAUCUUCGGACAUGCGCCGUCGAGGGCGCGACAUCGUCAAUGUGGAGCGCCUCAAGAUAUACCAUGACCAACUCAUGGUGACAACCUGUUAAGUCGCCGGGCGGCUCCCUUUUCACAACCGGGGUAAUUGUAGCGAAGCGUUAGAACUCUGAAGUGGGUCGUCCGCUCCAGCGCCGGCAACAGUCACCAACGCCACGCGCGUUCGGUGCGAACGCGGGCAAAACGCCGACGGCGUCGACAACAGUUCUGCGCGUUGCUGGUGCUGCUGCAUGUCCAAGUUUAUACAGCUGGUAAAACUACUGUCCUUACUUCGUAUAGCUCUCUACUAAUUUGCUAUUGCAAUUGAUGCUUCGCCUUUCGGGUGAAACUGUUUGACACGCGGGUCUUCCAGUGACGCCGGCCACGCACUCUCAGCAUGGCUGUAAAACGACAAAGCAAGCAGUAGACGCACCCUAACGUUCCGCUCAAACGGCUUCGUAGCGGAGAGUGGGCAGCGUUCUUCGUUCCGCUGCCGAUGUGAGCGUGGUGCGCAGGCGUUUCACACGCGCCGUGUCGUGGUCAUCGAGUCUCUCUUCAUGUCUGUCUGCCUACGCCGCAGCACACCUGCUUACUUACUAAGCUCAUGUUAAGUACAAUUAAUAUUGCUACCAAAGCCGCUCACCUUACUUCGUAUGACAUUGCUAUGUGUUGCUAUCGCAUUCAUUGCUUCGCCCUUAGGGCGAAACUGUGACAAUUUUUGAAAGUGUCCGACGAAAUGCAUGGGCGUUCCAGUUAACUUUGUGCUUCAAUUCAUAAAACAGCGUUUUCCUCAAAAAGUUACCUAUUGCCAGGCUAUUGAAAAUUACCUGCCUCUUCCGCAUAUUAAUCUUCAACGGUGCUAUUACACCGUCUCGAUUAAGGUACUCAAUCAUUUGUUGCAAUUCAUCCCCAGUGUUGCUGAACAUUACAAUGUCAUCGGCAAACUGAAGGUUGUUGAGAUCCGUUGAUCCCCACUUCUAAGCCUUCCCAGCCCAAUAGCCUGAAUACUUCUUCUAAGCAUGUAGUGAACAGGAUUGGAGAGAUUAUGUCUCCUUGCCUGACGCCUUUCAUGAUAGGUAACUUUCUACUUUUCUUGUGGAGAACCAAGGUAUCUUGGAAUCUUCGUAGAUAUUUGCGAAGAUAUUCACGUAUACCUCCUGUAUUCCUUGAUUACGCAAUGCAUCUAUGACUGCUGGUAUCUCUACGGAAUCAAAUGCCUUUUCAUAAUCCAUGAAAGCCAUAUAGACAGGUUGAUUGUACUCUGCAGAUUUCUCAAUUACCUGAUUGAUAACAUGCAUGUGCUCCAUUGUAGAAUAUCCCUUCCUGAAGCUUGCCUGUCUGUCCUCUUGGUGUCGAUGCACUUUUUUAUCGCAGAAUAAAGUGAUUUCUCUCUCUCU